GGCUGUCUUCCUCGUUGAUCCGUGUCCUGUUUAUGCCUACUAAUGAAUCACUAAGCAAUGUGUUACAGGGCUCAUCCAAGCUAUUGCGAGGGGACAGGCACCCAAUCAGCUGUGUUCUCUUCUGUGGUUUCUGCUUGGAAAGCAUAUCCCUGAAUGUCGCAGCGCGAGAGUGCUUUCGACACACGCAAACCUCUCUAUACCUGAUCUUUUACUUCUUGAUGGGUGAUGUGCUGAGCGCUACAGUUACCGUAGUUGCCACUUUGCAGAAUAGACAUACGGGACGUCGACCAAAAUGGUGUGCCGUCGGGCUCGUUGACCUGUCCGUUCGCAUGUUGACGCGCACUUAUAUUAUGUGUGGAGUUUCGAAGUCAUUUGGAUACUGGUCGGUGGCUCUUCGUAUUUGGUUCGCUACAGAUGCUCACCGAGCAUCCUAUAGGUUCUAACGGUAUGAGAUCUGAUCGGCGCCCAUACUGCAAGACGAGUUCGGCUUGAAGGAAGUGUGGGAAAUCCGGCUAUACCAGAUUUCUAUGGUCUCAUGAUCUGCC